CAACACUUAACGCGAAGUCAUGUGAUCUCACGGUUACACGAGCCGCUUCCUGUGACGACACGCGACCUGCAGCUGGACAGAGCCCUCUGAAUGUCACUCAGCGAAGUCUUCAAAUCUGGGGAGAUUACAAUUUUCAGUUCACACCUGAAAUAGAGGUCACCACUCCAGUUCCGUUUAGAUCAAGAAUGUGACGGCCUCCAAGAUGUGUGGAAGAUACGCGCUUGCUUGGCGGGCCUCCCAAGUUAGGGCCUACCUUGAAAAUGAGCAUAUGCCGAUUUAUGAGGCUCCAAAUGACGAAGGUGAUGGGGCUCCGCGACAAAGCUACAAUUUCGCUCCUGGAUAUUAUGGCAUUGUCUACCGUGCAGACACACCUGAUUGGGGCGCAGGACCUCGGCAUCAUAAGAAGGGGGAGGGAGAGUCUGAAGAGCAACCUCCAGCAGAGGUUGAAGAGGGGGCAGCUGAGCCACAGGAAGUCCGAUACAAGCUACAGUCCAUGAAGUGGGGUCUUAUCCCGUUCUGGACGAAGCGCAACCCUGAUUACGGAUCCAUGAUGAAGACAAUAAACUGCCGAGGCGACUCGUUGAUCGAAAACAAGGGCAUGUGGACGACAAUGAAGCAAAAAAAGCGAUGCAUAGUCCUGGCUCAAGGAUUCUAUGAAUGGUUGAAGAAAGGGAAGGACAAGAUCCCUCAUUUUGUGAAGCGAAAGGACGGCAAAUUGAUGUGUUUUGCUGGUCUAUGGGAUUGUGUUCAAUAUGAAGGCUCAGACGAAAAGCAUUACACUUACACCGUUAUUACGACCGAUUCGAAUAAGCAACUCAAGUUUCUUCACGACCGAAUGCCUGUCAUAUUUGAAAAUAGCUCGGAAGAGCUUCGGACUUGGCUAGAUCCGAAUCGCUUAACUUGGUCGAAGGAACUACAAAGUUUGCUGAAACCAUUCCAAGGAGAAUUAGAGGUGUAUCCCGUCAGCAAGGAAGUUGGAAAAGUUGGCAACAAUUCUCCUAAUUUCAUCAUUCCCGUCGCAAGCAGCAAGAACAAGUCGAACAUUGCAAAUUUUUUUGCGAAGAGCGCUUUGAAAGAUACCUCAAAGCUUGGGGUCACAGCCAAGACUUCGAAAUUAGUCGAAUCCAAGAGCGAGAGCGCCCAGAAGGAGACGAAGGAGACGCCAAUCAAAGCCGAGGACGAGGAUCGUAAAACCGUCAACCACUCUGGAUCCGAAGAUAAUGCCCCUCUACCUGCUCCAAAAGAGGAAGCCAAACAGGGAAUCAAACGAGAGUUGGAUGUCCCAGACGAGGAGUCACUAAAGAAAGUAGCAAAAACAUCCGCCAGUCCAUUUAAAGCGUCCUCUCCUCCCAAGCCAGCCCGCAAGACAAGAAGUGCCACAAGCAAUAAUACAGCAAGUCCUUCUAAAACUUCGGGAAAGGACAAGGGCAGUCAGAAGAUAACGAAUUUCUUUGGGAGAUAAGUGGCAGGUGGCGUUCAUGUCAGAUACCAGAAUCGGAGUUUGGCGUCCAGUGGUGUUGUCUCAUAACUGUGGGUGAAGCCUUCAUCAAUGGUGGCAAAUGUUUAUUACGCAAUUAGUUGGAAGAAACAUGACCGGACCAUCAUGUAUAUUUACAAAUGAACGGUAAGUAUAUACAGUGCGUCAAGCGAGAAAACCAUGCGCUUUAUUUGCAAUUUCCAGCCGUCGGCCAAAUUUAUCGUGCUAAG